CACAAAUACAUGUACUUUAUACAGAUUUAUAUAUAGAAAGAUAAUGCCCUAUCUGUAUGGGAUUGCGGACACCAAGUUUCGGGUGACGAAGACGGUCAUUAAGAAAAAGUCCACUGAUUAUCCGCCAGUUAAAUUUCGAAAAAAUGCCGUGCUCGAAGGUCCCCUGAAAUUCGAUCACAAUGCGUGGCCAAUUCAGUUUCGGGUCUCGCCCGCAUCCCUCGUCGAGCAGUGUUGCAACGUUGUCGACAAGCUGCCCCUGCCGAGUAUCUAUGAGUGGACUGACAUGGACAUAAGGCGUUGGAUUUGCCGCUACGGCUAUCCGCAGUACAUGAACACCUUUCGGGUGAAUAUGAUCUGGGGCAAGAAAUUGCUGCUGCUCGAUGCCGAUGCGCUGUCGGCGAUGAAUAUCACGGACUUUGAGCACAUCAAGCACAUCACGUACGGCAUUCGAAUGCUUUUCCACUUUGAGUUGACGCGUUUCUCGCGCAACAUGUCCUUGCCGGAUGAGAAGCCGAACGAGCUAUAUUUGCUGUGGCACACUCAGUCCGGUGUCAACUAUGAUGCAGUGCGUCGCUCCGAUCUCUAUAGACGUAUGCAGUUGAUACGCGAACGUGAACUGAACUUGGAUCACUGGGAUAUGCUGGAUGUGUGGCUGCAUCGUGAGCUAGAUCGCAAGUACAAGGAGCUAAUUGCAUUUGUGCCACGUCACAAUAUGUACCGUUGUCCCGCCGAACCCUUGAGCCUGAUGGUGAGUGAUGAAGUACCGAGUAUGGAGGAUCAAAUAUGCCACAUGUGCAUACCGCCGUGCGAGUGCAAUUGGACCGAACGCGAUAAGAGUCUGCCGUGGCGCCUCAGCUACCUGCAACAGAGUGUGACACAAAUGAACAGCAAGUGGAUGGCCAGCGAGAAUUUGUGUGCCGAGUGUAUACCACCAUGCGAGUGCCGUUGGCCAUCCCGUUACUAUCUCACCGGCACCGUCUUUCGCUGCCUGCAACACAAAUUUCCCGAGAAGUUUGCCCCGAUUUUCGAUGAGCGCAUCACGACGGUUAUCCGUCCCAGGGUGGAGCGUUGGACACGUUUCUCAAUAUAGCCUACACACACACCC